UUGCCGGCAGUUGAGAGCGGGUGAGAGGAGCGCAACAUUGUGCCGAUGGAUUUCCAAGCUGGCAUCUUGCGAGAUGGCAACCCCAUGGACAGCCUGGAGAAGCAGCUCAUCUGCCCCAUCUGCCUGGAGAUGUUCAGCAAGCCGGUGGUGAUCCUGCCCUGCCAGCACAACCUCUGCCGCAAGUGCGCCAACGAUGUCUUCCAGGCUGCCAAUCCAUACUGGCCGAGCCGGGGCAGCGUGAUUUCGGGGGGCCGGUUCCGGUGCCCGUCAUGUCGCCAUGAGGUGCUGCUGGAUCGUCACGGUGUCUACGGGCUGCAGAGGAACCUGCUGGUGGAGAACAUCAUCGACAUCUACAAGCAGGAGUGCUCCAGCAGGCCACUGAAAAAGGGGGAGCACCCCAUGUGCAAAGAGCACGAGGACGAGCGGAUCAACAUCUACUGCGUCACCUGCGAGGUCCCCACCUGCUCCAUGUGCAAAGUCUUCGGUGCCCACAAGGACUGCGAGGUUGCCCCCCUGCAAUCCGUCUUCCAGGGCCAGAAGACUGAGCUGAACAACUGCAUCUCCAUGCUGGUAGCGGGGAACGACCGGAUCCAGACGAUCAUCUCCCAACUGGAGAACUCAUGCCGGAGCACUGAGGAGAACAGUGAGGCGGCCAAGCAGGAGCUGUGUGCUCGCUUCGACGCCUUGGCCGCGCUGCUGGAGGAGAAGAAGUCAGAGCUGCUGCAGCGCAUCUCCCACGAGCAGGGCGACAAGACGAGCUUCAUCCAGGGCCUCAUCCACCAGUACAAGGAGCAGCUGGAGAAGUCGAGUCGGCUGGUGGAGACCGCCAUCCAGGCCAUGGAGGAGACCGGAGGAGCCACCUUCCUCAUGAACGCCAAGCAGCUCAUUAACACGAUCGUGGAGGCCUCCAAGGGCGGCAGGCUGGGGAAGAUCGAGAGUGGCUACGAAAGCAUGGAAGCCUUCUCAGUGAGCCUGGACCACCUCACCGAGGCAGUCCGCGCUUUGGACUUUGAACCCGCUGAGGAAGACGAGGAAUACUUUGAUGGGGAGGAAGAAGAGGUGGUGGAGGAUGCGGUGCCCGAGAGGAUGGGGAUGGCUUCCCAGUAGCCGUAGCGACGUUGCCGGCGCGGGAGAAACGCCGCGGGCGCAGGAUGUCCGGCGAUGGGACUUGGGAUAGGGGGGGAUGCACUGUGGGGGCCGGUGACCUCGUGAGCCGACGCCUGCUGCAGCACAGGACACUUUUCUAUACGGGUGCAAACAGGACAAUUCCGCACGUUUUAUAUCUUCUUUUGUAUAUAAUUGUCACGGAUUUGAAUUUUGUGUAUUUUGUAAAGAAAACAGGUGUUUUGAGCGGU